AUUCACACACUCACACACUGCCUCACACGCCAGUGACGUCAGGCUAGAGUUUGGAGUAGAAAGCCAAGUGGAUGAAGGAAGUGGAGAUCUCCACCCUCCAGCCUCCCCCUGACACUUCUCAUAAAUAUUACCAAGGCUUAUUCAGGGGAACUCGCACCACAAAGUCACAUCGUGUUCUGGGGUUUAACAAGCUUUGGCCUGUCAGAAAAUACAAAUUAUAUUUUUUUCUAUACCUUUCAGCUCUUUCCUUCUUUAUUUUCACCCCACCGGUUUGGCACCGUCGGAUGCGCUCCAGGUUUUUUUUUUUUCUUCCCACCGCAACUCCCAACUUUGUGCACCGGAGCUGGAGGGCUGCUGUCGCCGUUAACCGGAGCUUCCAGGUCGGUCCCCUGCGUGUGGGAGAGUUGCUGAUACAAUGUGCAGUCGCGUGUCUUGAUUCUGGAGUUGUUCGAUCGGAGGUUGAGUCAACUUUGGGCUCCGGACUUUGCCGAUUUCAUCGCUGCUGCCGGUGAAAGAAGCCGAGAAAAGUGCUGCGCUUUCAGACAUUUCACUUUUUCGGUUAUCGAGAAGAAGAGAAGGGGGAGGUUUUUUCCACUCAGAUUCUUUUUAAAAUAUAUAUCGAGGAUCCAUGAUGAGCAAACCUACCGGCUCAACAAGUGGCUGUUUGGAUAUUCUGAAUGUCAAAUCAAGUCGUAUUCUGGACAUCCCAUGUAAAGUGUGUGGCGACCGGAGCUCAGGGAAACACUACGGUGUUUACGCCUGUGACGGCUGCUCGGGAUUCUUUAAGAGGAGCAUCCGCAGAAACCGGACCUACGUCUGUAAAUCUGGAUCGCAGGGUGGUUGUCCCGUUGACAAAACUCACAGAAACCAGUGCCGAGCGUGCCGUUUGAAAAAGUGUCUGGAAGUGAACAUGAAUAAAGACGCCGUUCAGCAUGAGAGGGGCCCACGGACGUCCACCAUCCGCAAACAGGUCGCUCUGUACUUCAGGGGUCACAAAGAAGUGAACGGUUCCUCGACGCAUUUCCCCGGAUCCUCACUGCCCGGGCCUCCCUUCUUCACCACUGUCACGCAGCUGGAGCCUCACAACCUGGAGAUGAGCACAGUGGCCACGACGCCCGAGAGACAGGCCAUCGUGGGUCUAGCACAGCCAACCCCGAAGUAUCCCCACGAGGUCAGCGGCACCCCCAUGUACCUGUACGAGGUGGCCACGGAGUCUGUGUGCGAGUCGGCGGCGCGCCUCCUGUUCAUGAGCAUCAAGUGGGCUAAAAGUGUGCCCGCCUUCUCCACGCUCCCAUUAUCUGAUCAGCUGAUUUUGUUGGAGGACGCAUGGAGGGAAUUAUUCGUUCUGGGCAUUGCGCAGUGGGCCAUUCCUGUGGACUCCACUACUCUUCUUGCCGUUUCUGGGAUGAACACUGAAAACACGGAGUCUCAGCGGAUGAACAAGAUCAUGUCUGAGAUUCAAGCACUUCAAGAGGUGGUGACCAGGUUCAGGCAGAUGCGUCUUGAUGCCACAGAGUUCGCAUGUUUGAAAUGUAUCGUGACGUUCAAAGCUGUUCCUACACAUGGCAGCACCGAGUUGAGAAGUUUUCGCAAUGCCAGCGCCAUCGCAGCACUACAAGACGAGGCCCAGCUCACUCUCAACAGUUAUAUCCACACCAGGUACCCGACUCAGCCCUGUCGCUUCGGCAAGUUGCUCCUGCUCCUGCCGGCGCUCCGCUCCGUCAGUCCGUCCACCAUAGAGGAGGUGUUCUUCAAAAAGACCAUCGGCAACGUGCCCAUCACCAGGCUCCUUUCCGACAUGUACAAGUCCAGCGAUAUAUGAAUUUUGGCAUCGGGAAAAAAAAUAUUGGAGAUGUGAAGGCCCGCGCAGGCAGGCAGGCACACACACAG